AGAACAUUAAUAAAAACAUUUUAAAACUUCCGUUUGUGGUGAGCCAGUUUAUUUGCUCAACGCUCGCACCAUGGCUCGCAAGCAUUUUCCAAUUUUAAUUUUUUUAAUAUCGAUUGUGAUUCAAAUCAACUGUGAUCCCCACUGUGGCUAUGAAGCAUGUCCAAAGGCUAAGCCUAAAGUUCUCACUGUUCACUUGGUACCUCACACACACGACGAUGUUGGCUGGGUCAGAACUGUUGAUGAAUAUUUUUAUGGAGUUAGUCAUUCAGCUUUCGACAAUGGCGUAAAAACCAUCAUAGAAUCAGUUAUUGAGCAGCUGGAACUGGACCCAAUAAGAAAAUUUAUUUGGGUUGAAACUUCAUAUUUAUGGAAAUGGUGGUCUGACCAAAAAAAUGAGACCUUGAGGAAUAAAGUGAAACAGUUAGUGGCCACUGGCCAGCUAGAGUUAACAGGGGGCGCGUGGAGUAUGAAUGACGAGGCGGUGACCCAUUACCAGAGCACCAUUGACCAGUUCACCUGGGGCUUCAGACGUCUUUCUGAUAUUUUUGGCGACUGCGGUCGGCCGCACGUCGGUUGGCAAAUUGAUCCUUUUGGCCACUCAAGAGAAACGGCCUCUCUGAUGGCUCAAAUGGGUUUUGAUGGCCUCUUUUUUGGUCGACUUGAUGAGGAUGACAAGCAGAAUAGGAUGAAGUCAAAAACGAUGGAAAUGAUUUGGCGUGGAAGUAAAAAUCUUGGCGUAGAUUCCGAUCUUUUCACCGGCGCCUUGUUCAACCAAUACAGUCCCCCAAAAGGAUUUUGCUUUGACGUCAAAUGCAGUGAUUACAUCGACGAAAGUCCAAAUGGGAAUUUUAAAGAAAAAAUUUCCGAUUUUAUUUACAAAGCGAAAAGUCAGGCUGAGAGUUUCCAGACGAAAAACGUUUUAUGGACGAUGGGAAUGGAUUUUCAGUACACUGUAGCGAGAACUUGGUACACUAACUUGGACGUUUUGAUCAAACAUGUGAACGCUAUUUCUAAUGAAACUGGAAUCGUUGCCGUUUACUCGACCCCCUCGUGCUACCUACAAGCUUUGCACAAUGCCAAUCAAACGUGGCCAGUUAAGGAGGAUGACUUUUUCCCAUACGCAAGCAGCGCUAACGUGUAUUGGACUGGGUAUUUUACAUCCAGACCAAAUUUGAAAAGAUUCGAACGCGUCGGAAAUAAUCUUUUGCAGGUCUGCAAACAAUUGCACGUUUCCACUGGGAAUGAAGAAACAGAAAAUUUAAUAUCCCUCCGUGAAGCGAUGGGUGUUUUGCAGCAUCAUGACGCUAUAACCGGCACAGAAAAGCAAUAUGUGGCAAACGAUUACGCCAAAAUAUUGGACAUGGCAAUAAAGAAAUGCGACGAAACAAACUCAGAACAUCUAAAUUUACUGGUCAAAUUAGUCUCGAGCGACGAAGAUGUCGAGUUAGAGAAGUGCCCAUUAUUGAACAUAAGUAAAUGCUCAAUAUCUGAAAAAGAAGAAUCAUUUGUAGUCACAGUUUACAACCCACUGGCAAGGAUAGUAAGCAAAUUUGUUCGUUUGCCAGUUGUGGAAGUGGGGCACAAAGUUGUAGACCUAAGUUCUGGAAAGAACAUUCAAAUACAGUACAUGCCCGUGCCAGAGGAAAUCAGGAACCUAUCAUCUUUGAACAAAAGCGAUGUUACUCAUGAGCUUAUUUUCGAAGCCACUGACCUUCCUCCUUUAGGUUUUAAAUCGUUCCACGUUAAACAAGCCAAAAAUUUUAAAAACAUACCACUGAUAAAUGGAAGCAAAAUUGAGAAUGAAAUAUCAAACGAAUUUGUUAAAAUAAGAUUUGACGAAAAAAGUGGGAAAAUGGUCGGAAUUACGGUAGAUGGAGUUCAAACGCCUAUUAAUCAGCAGCUCCUGUACUAUGUCUCAGGCAGAAGAGACCAAAAUAAAAGACCAUCAGGUGCUUACAUAUUCCGGCCUGGAACAAAAAAUCCAAAGACAAUCACUGAAAAAGCGGAAAUUAAAAUUUAUAAAGGCCCUCUCGUUCAAGAAGUACAUCAGAAAUUUUCUUUUUGGGCAACCCAGGUGAUUCGAAUUUACAAAGGUAACAAGCAUGUUGAGUUUGAGUGGCUAGUAGGGCCCAUACCGACAGAAGACCAUUUUGGAAAGGAAGUGAUUUCCAGGUUUUCUUCGAACAUGUUGACCAACGGAGAGUUUAAAACCGACUCGAAUAGUCGGGAAUAUUUGAGACGUAAAAGAAACUACCGAGCCUCUUGGGAGGCAAAUAUUAAGGAACCAGUGGCUGGGAACUACUACCCUAUCACAUCAGUCAUUUCAAUGCAAGACAGACAAACAGUGGUUUCUGUUUUGACAGACAGGGCUCAAGGAGGAGGAAGUAUUGAAGAUGGAAGCCUCGAACUAAUGGUUCACAGACGACUAGUGGAGGACGAUGGCUUUGGGGUGGAUGAAGUGCUGGAUGAGCGUGAAUGGGGCAAGGGAAUGAUUUCCCGCGGUCGACACGUUUUAUUUGUGGCUCCACUUGGGUCAAACGCCACUGCCCGUCUACGCGAUAUUGUCCAGCGUGAAAUGGUUUUGGAGCCAACUUUGUUCUUUACACCCACAAAUCUAUCUCCUGAAGAAUGGAAACAAACAUUCCACGCUGAGUUUUCCGGGAUAGAAAAAUCUUUGCCCUAUCCUCUGAAUUUGCUCACUCUGGAGCCAUGGAAAGAUGGACAAAUUUUAAUCCGUCUUGAGCAUGUAUUGGAAAAGGAUGACGAUAUGGCCAUGCCAGAAUCGGCUCAGGUGUCCUUACAGGAAUUGUUCAGCUCUGAGAUAGAAAGCGUUUCCGAAAUGACUCUUGGAGCAAAUCAAAAGGUUGCGGACAGCAAGAGAUUUACUUGGAUUGAGGACACGUGGCAGGAAAGAUAUGGAAACGUCAAUAUAGAUUUUAACCGCCGAAAAAUAGCUAGGAACGUCUUUGACGCCUCUAAAAAAUAUAUUGUAAUUUUGUAUCCGAUGCAAAUCAGAACUUUUAUAAUAAAGUUUGUCUAG